GUACUCUUUAUUAUUUUGAGGAUGAUCUGGGUGUUGGCGGAAGUGGGGCCGGCCCGCAAGUCCCUGACGACGUUCUUUAUCCUGGCAUUGGGUAUUCCGAUGUAUCCCGUACUUGCUGCUCUUCUGCUGGCUCUCUUUUGGCUGAUUGCAGGCGUCAGUGUUCUUGCUGUAUCAUGCUUUGGACCCGCAGCGCUGGCCUUUUGGGCAUUCGUGCAGUUCUGGGACUUGAUGGAGGACUUUGUUUCAACAGAGAAGGCCAGAGCGCGACGAUUGGGAAGACGCAACGCCACAGCAGAAGACAUCACGUGCUGGGAGCUGAUUUGUGGAUUGUUGAUCGGCGUGCUGAGCUGCUGUAGCUUCGGCCUGCUUUCGCUUGUGUUGACCAUACUGAAGUCUCCGCUUGUGAUUCUUUCCGUUCUGCUCCGCUAUGUCUACGAGUCUUGUUGCUGUUGGCUGAUCCUGGUACAUUGUCGAUGCCGGCCCUUCUGUUCUUGCUGUGCCGCGUCACGCGAGAUCCAG